AAGUGUCUCUGAUAUGGCAGCUUACUCCAAAGUGUGAAAAUGGUCCAGUGUGACGCUGCGCUCCUGUAUUCAGCCCUGAGUGCUCUAUUCAGUGGAUUUUUCAUUUAUAAAUUCAUCAAGCACAAGGUGAAGAUAGAACAUGCUUCCGUGUGUAGCCUGCUGGCCCUGCUCAUCCUGGGGAUUUGCUGCUGCUGCAUUUUGACAGGCGGGCUGGGUCUGAUUCUCUACAUAGUAGCCUGUGUGAUGUAUUAUAUCUCUAUACCUGUCAGACAGAUGCUGCCCAUCCGAAACAAGACCGUGCUCAUCACAGGGUGUGAUUCUGGGCUUGGCCACGCUCUGGCUAAACACUUGGAUGACCUGGGCGUUCUCGUCUUUGCCGGUGUUUUGGAUCAGAAAGGACCAGGUGCGGGUGAGCUGAGGAGGGCUGGUUCUCCAAGGCUUUCUGUCAUCCAGAUGGACGUCACAAAUUCCAGAGAGAUCAAAUCUGCUUACGACGAAGUCAAGAGUCGGGUACAAGACGCAGGUCUCUGGGGUAUUGUACACAAUGCUGGGGUUCUUGGCUACAUGGCAGAUGGGGAACUGCUUCCCGUGGAUGUGUACAAGCAAUGUAUGGAGGUCAACUGUAUCGGCACCGUCCAAGUCACCAAGAUGUUUAUGCCCUUACUGCGGAGAUCUAAGGGGAGGCUCGUGACCAUAUCCAGUAUGGCAGGACUUACUCCAAUACCAGGAUUUGCAGCUUAUGCCGCCUCCAAAGCAGCGCUCUCUAUGUUUACCGCAGUGAUGCGCCAAGAUCUCUUCAAGUGGGGUGUGAAAGUGGCUGCCAUCCACCCAAGUGGUUUCAAAACAAACAUAUUUGGCUCUCGGGAACACUGGUCAAGUCAAGACCAGAAGAUCCUGGAUAAUAUAAUGCCAGACGUCAAAGAAGAUUACGGGGAGGAAUACUUGGCAAGCUUGAAAGACCUGCAGCAUCAGAUGUCCACGUUCUCCUCUUCCGACUUCUCCCCUGUCCUGGAGGAUGUUGUCCACGCUCUGCUGGCUCACUGCCCCCACGCCUCGUACACUCCGGGCAGGUGUGCCUACCUCAUCCCCUGUUUGUUCCGCUACUUCCCUCUUUGGUGCUAUGAUAAUUUUGCAAAGAAAACUUUCCACAUCCACAGGAAUAUCCUCCCGAGAUCUCUGAGGACAUACCAGGCUAACAUUAAAGCAGACUAGGGCUUCCGUGAGAGGACGGUGGAAACUUUGAGAAAUAACACUGGGUAACCUCUAAAUGGGUAAUAGGGUGGCAUUAUAGAAGCUGCGCUACCCGUAGCGACCAAUCACAUUCUGCCUUACUUUUUUCUAGUACAGUUUUUAGUACAAAACUUGUGAUUGGUGGCCACAGGCUGCGUCCCACCGUUACUAUGACGCAGCUUGCAUCUAAUGUAUAGCAUCCAAUCAGAUAUUUGCUUUUAUUGGUUAAUUCAUGCCUACAUUUGAUUAUUUUUUGUUGUUGCUUUGAUUCCAUGCUGGUAAGUGGCACGCUGUGUACUUAAAGCCUUGUAUUGCGCGUUUUGCCAUUAUUGAACUUUCCACACAGGAGGCAGGCAGAUAAUCCCUCCAUUCUCUUCUGGACUCUGUCUCGUAUGGAUGCAAUAAUAAGCACAGUCUGAGGGCAUCUGAUUUCUGUUUACAGGAACACGAAAUAGAAUGAUGGUAACAAUAAGAACAUUAAUUAUAACAGCAACACCGCAACGCAAUCCGCACUCCCCAGGCAAUCUGGCUAAGUAAAAAUGUGACUAUAAAAUACUGCAGAGUUAUAAUAAUAAUAAUAAUAAUAAUAAUACUUUAUUGUCAUUAACAAGACAAGACAACAAUGAAAUGUCAAUGAAAUUUUCCAAUAAACAUCC